UAUUUUUUUUAUUUGUGCUUUAGGAAGAGCGAGAAUGCCGUUGGAUUCGUCGUCCGAGCAAGAACCAGACGACUCUGAUGCCGGGUUUGUUGAGGUCGAUCCCACUGGUCGCUACGGUCGGUAUAAAGAGGUUUUAGGAAGGGGCGCUUUCAAAAAAGUAUAUCGGGCAUUUGACGAAUUGGAAGGCAUUGAAGUAGCUUGGAAUCAGGUUAAGCUGGCAGAUCUAUUGCGCCACUCGGAAGAUAUAGAACGCCUUUACGCUGAAGUUCAUCUGCUCAAGACUUUGAAGCACAAGAACAUCAUAAAGUUCUACAAUUCUUGGGUCGAUACCAAAAACGAGAAUAUUAACAUUAUCACGGAGAUUUUCACCUCUGGAACUUUACGGCAAUACCGUACGAAACAUAAGAAUGUCGAUUUAAGGGCGCUGAAGAAAUGGUCUAGGCAGAUCUUAGAAGGGCUCUUGUAUCUUCACAGUCACGACCCGCCGGUCAUUCAUCGAGAUCUCAAGUGUGACAACAUUUUUGUUAAUGGCAACCAAGGUGAGGUGAAGAUUGGUGACUUAGGACUGGCUGCCAUUCUCCGUCAGGCUCGUUUGGCUCACAGUGUUAUUGGUACUCCGGAGUUCAUGGCUCCUGAGCUUUACGAAGAGGAAUACAAUGAGCUUGUAGAUAUAUAUGCUUUUGGCUUGUGUUUGCUGGAGUUGGUCACGUUUGAGUAUCCAUAUGUUGAAUGUGCCAAUGCCGCUCAAAUAUAUAAGAAAGUGACAUCAGGAAUAAAGCCAGCGUCAUUGGCAAAAGUGACAGAUCCCGAAGUUAGAAAUUUUAUAGAAAAAUGUAUUGCAAAAGUCUCGGAUAGGUUGCCUGCUAAGGAACUUCUAAUGGAUCCGUUUCUCCGAUCAGAUGCAGAUGAAAGCAUAUCUCGUUCUGUUCUCGUCAGAAGUCAUAACUUAGCUACCGAUUCUGACAAGUCAAAUGCAGAAGGCAGUCAUGAUCAGGUUGAUAGUGGGACAACACGGAAGGAUUUUUCUGCUGAGGGAAGUAGAGACUUCACAGUGGAAGGUCAAAGGAAAGAUGUUAAUAAAAUAUAUCUGAAACUACGAAUAGCCAACUCUUCAGGUCAUGUUCGAAAUAUCCACUUUCCAUUUGAGAUAGAGGCUGAUACACCAAUUUCAGUUGCUAGUGAAAUGGUUGAGGAGUUGGACCUGACAGAUCAAGAUGUCUCAACAAUAGCCGACAUGAUUGAAUCUGAAAUUCGACACAAUUUUCCUGAAUGGACGCCCGAAUAUCUUUCUAGAGAUAAUUCUGAUGAAGAUAUUCCAAUUUCUGAUAGUGCCUCUGAAAUUAGGGAUGGUUCUUCCCCCUUGGCAAAUGAUUGUAGCCCUUUGAAAACACUUUCUUUGGAAAGAUUGCCUUCAGGGCGUAAGUAUUGGUCCGACUCACCCAAGGGAGUCAGCGGAAAUUCGCCAGUUACACACGGUCCUUCAAACUUGUCUUCUCCGGUAAAUUUGGCCAGGACUGGGAGUAGCUUGACUGAAGACGAUGAAGAGAAGGAAACAGAUGAACCAACUGAUGCACAAACUAGUGAUGGGAAAGAUGCCGCUGAAGAAAUAUGUCCUAGUAGCAGAGAAGGAAACUGUAACUUAUUGCAGGAUAUUGAACAAGAUGUUGAGAUCAUUGCUGAGAGACUUGAGACUUUGUUGGUUAAGCAGCAAAAGGAGCUACAUGAUCUCAAGAACAAGCAUGAAUCAGCAAUAUCAGAUCUUCUGAAGGAACUUUCUCCAGUAGCCCGUCAAAAGGUUUUAGAAAUGUGUAAGGUGAAGAUUCCUGACUACAGAAUGCACAGCUAGAUGCAUAGCUAAACCAAAAAUUUGCAAAAGUGGCGCUUCUUUAUGGUGCUUUAUGGUCCUUGUGUCUCUGACUCAAGUGCAUGACGACAUUGAUGAUUUCGUCCUUCAACAGGAAACAAUGAAAGGUUUUAAAAACGGCUCAUCUUUGAAGGGCUGAAGAUACCAUGCAUUUGGAAAGUUCGAAUACAUUAUUGACCUGUCGCCAACAUCAAGAAGGAUGUAACUAGUUUUUGAAUGGUCUCUGCUUGGAUGCUUCUUGAGUGAUCAACCAUGUUUACUUGAAAGUCAAACAUGAUAUAUCUAGCUGCUAUAUUGUUGGGAGACUAUGCAGCAACGUCAUAGCCCUGGAAGAGUCAUUCCUGUCAAAUUUGAGCUCAAAGGAUCACAAGAAUUCUUACCACUGAGGUUAGACAUCAUUCGGAUAAUUCAACUACUACGUCUACAAUAUGAGUUCAGCUAUUCCUUACAUACAGAUCACAUGCCAUGUACAGUAUCACACGAAUCAUCAAAAGUUUACGAGUCUAUAGAUAAUUGUACAGAUAAUUAUUCAUUCUCUUUUGUUUCAGUUAUACCAGUUUGCUUCGGAUUCUCUUUGUUUCAAUAGGAGCCGCAUGCGUGUGCUCCAUGAGAAACUCUACAAAUAACAGCCAUUCUUAAAAGUCGAAGUAUUCGUUUUCUUUAUCUUUGGAAAAGCAUAGUUCCAUCUUAUAGUCGAAUCUAACAUGGAUUUCAAAUGGAUUUAUUUUGUUGUCUUUAUUUUGAGGACUAUA